AUGUAAAAUUUAGAAUAUAAUAAAGAAUUACACUAUCAGAAAUAAGUCAGAACACUCAAGUUACCCCUCAAACCUAAUCUCAAAGUUUUAGAUGUCAGUGGAUUGAAACUCAAAGAUCUCUCCUUUCUUACUGAUCAAUAAGAUAUUGAAAUUUUAAUUGCAGAAUCAAACGAAUUGACUAAUUAAUGUUUCAAAGAAAUUGCUCAUCUUAAAAAAUUAAAAAUACUUUCACUUCAAGAGUAUAUAUACAUAUAUUAUUCCAUUUAGCAAUCAAAUUGUUGAUGAUGCCAAUCUCAAAUUGCUAGCAGAUACAUAACUAAUAGAAUUGAGAUUACUUUUCAAUCCUAUUUGUCAAACAUAAUAAUACUAUAAAUUAAUUUAUAAGGCUUUGCCAAACCUAUACACUUUAGAUGAUUAUGAUCAAGAUGGUUUGCAAAUACAUAGUUUAUUUUGA